AAAGCAAUAAUAGAUACAUUAUUUUCAUCAUUCUUUCAUUUUGACUUCUCAUUAUAAGUGUUUAAAAUCCACUUGUAUAUAAGCAUGAAUCAUGCUCUUUUGCUUCACACAUACAUUUUAUGAGAUAUAAAGCAUUAUACUUGUACUGUAUAUAUAUAGAAGCUUGCCUCUAAGAACAUUAUUUCAGUGGUACUAGCAAAAGGGGUUUCUCCUCUCAUCUUUGGAAAGAGUUUCCAAAGCCAAUUAGAAAAUAAUAUAAGAUGAAGAUGAGGAACACAGUCCUAAAGACAAUCUUCCUUGUGGUGUUUAUUGGGUCGUUAUUGGUUUGGGUUUUGCUACCUACAAAAUCUUACAAUAAGAAAUGGACUCCUAAGCUAACCACCAAACUCAGCUCAACUACAUACUUACGAGAGCAAGGGACAAAUCUUCUUCUUUUUACAUUCCCUAUGAUGUUUAUAGGAGCUUUGAGCUGUGUUUAUCUUCAUCUCCAGAAGAAAUCCAAUAACAAGUCAUCCUCCAACAGUAGUGGUGGUGUAACAAGCAGCCAAUUUCAUCGUACUUUGGCUUCGUGGAGAAAUCCAGUCAGUGUAAAAGCACCUCUGGGAAUAGUUAGCUCAGUAGAGAUCUGUUUUGUGCUCAUGUUUAUUGCUCUCCUCACAUGGUCUCUAGCUAAUUACUUAUAUGUCAGUUUUGGCAGUCUUCACAUGCAUAAAGUGGGAGAGAAAGUAUGGCAAGCAAAAUUCAGGAGUGUUUCACUAAGACUUGGUUAUAUUGGAAACACAUGCUGGGCAUUUCUGUUUUUUCCAGUAACAAGAGGCUCUUCAAUUCUUCCUCUGGUUGGACUCACAUCAGAGUCUAGCAUUAAAUAUCACAUUUGGCUUGGUCAUCUCUCCACGGUUCUUUUUACUGCUCACACCGUUGGAUUCUUCAUUUACUGGGCCAUGACCGAUCAAAUGGUCGAUGCACUAGAGUGGAGCCAAACUUAUGUGUCAAAUGUAGCAGGAGAGAUUGCAAUGGUAUUUGCAUUUGCCAUUUGGGCAACCAGUUUAAAUAAAGUUAGGAGAAAAAUGUUUGAGCUGUUUUUCUAUACUCACCACCUCUAUACACUGUAUAUAAUCUUUUAUGUACUCCACGUUGGUUCUGCCUACCUCUGCAUGAUUCUUCCGGGGAUAUUCCUCUUCCUUAUCGAUCGAUACUUGAGAUUUUUACAGUCACGGAAUCGAAUCAAAUUACUCUCCUCUCGUCUUCUGCCUUGUGGAGCUUUUGAACUCAAUUUUGCCAAGACUCAAGAGUUGGAGUAUAAUCCGACGAGUAUUUUGUUUAUAAAUGUGCCAACAAUUUCAAAGCUUCAAUGGCACCCUUUUACAGUAACUUCUAACUGUAAUAUGGAGCCUGAUAAGCUAAGUAUUGUCAUUAAAAGCCAAGGAAGUUGGUCUCAAAAAUUGUACAAGCAGCUUUCUAAUGUGGAUCACUUGGGUGUUUCUGUUGAAGGACCAUAUGGGCCAUCCUCAUUUUCCUUUCUAAGGCAUGAAGCUCUAAUUAUGGUGUGUGGUGGAAGUGGGAUUACUCCUUUCAUCUCUAUAAUCCGAGAGAUAAUGUUCCAAAACACAAUUCCCAACUCUCACAUUCCUCGAGUUGUCCUUAUUUGUGCAUUCAAGAACUCAGCUGAUCUGGCCAUGUUAGACCUCUUGCUUCCCAUAUCAAGUCCACAAGCAAAUCAAAUCUCCCAAAUAGAGCUUCAAAUAGAAGCUUACGUAACCCAAGAGAGCGAGCAACCAACAAUUGAAGCACAAAGCCCAAUACAAACCGUAUUGUUCAAGCCCAACCCACUAGACUCACCCAUCUCUGCAACUCUAGGCCCAAACAGCUGGCUUUGGCUGGGUGCAAUAAUCUCCUCCUCUUUUGUCUUGUUCCUCUUAGUGUUGGGCUUGGUAACUCGUUACUAUAUUUAUCCCGUGGAUAAAUCUGGGGGAUUUUACCACUACUCUUACAGAUGUCUUUGGGACAUGUUCUUGGUGUGUGCUUGCAUUUGCUUGGCCUCAAGUGUGGCUUUUGUUUUGUCAAAUAAGAGUCGUAACUCUAAGAAAGAUAAUAAUAAUAAUAAACAAAUUCAACACUUGGAAAUGGAGACGCCACCGACGUCGUCUCCGGCUGCAUGGUCUUACGUAGUAGGGAAUAGAGAGGUGGAAAGCCUUCCUAAUCAGUCACUAGCGCAAGCUAUGAAAGUCCAUUUUGGUGCCAGGCCUGAUCUUAAGAAAAUCUUGUUUGAGUCGAAAGCUUCUGAUGUUGGAGUUCUUGUUUGUGGGCCAAGAAAGAUGAGACACGAGGUUGCCAAAAUUUGUGCCUCUGGUUUGGCAGAUAAUCUACAUUUUGAGUCCAUUAGUUUUAACUGGUGAAGUUGUAAAUAUGAGUAUAUGUAUACUAUAUUGCCCUAUACUUGUGUAUGUGGAUUUUGUAUCACGUGUAAACUAGUCUAAGUACAUAAAAUAUUAGCUAAUGUCAGUUUGUACAAGGGAAUAAUACCCUUUGCCAUAAAUUGUACUCAUCGUAUUAUAUAUAACUGUAAAAAGAGAGUAGCAUCAUAUUUUCUAGAUAAAA